AUGACAGAGGUGAGGCAAACAGGGAUGCCGAGCUCGCCGUUAUCUUCUCCGUCCCCUCAUACAAAUGCCCAUCGAGAAGGCCGAAGUUUAAAAGGGGAAGGGACACAGGGAAGAAGCGUCCAGGGAGAACGUUCUUUUUCCUGUUCAUCUUCUCCCCGUUCUGCAACUUCUGCGCCUUCCUCGUUCUCCUCUCCUUCCUCGCUGUGUGCUGCUCCAGGCUCUGUGCGUAGGGAGGACGGGAGAGAAACUCCACCCUCUGUCUCUCCCCGCAGUCCCCCUGUCGGUCUUUCUGUGGAUGCCUCGCGUUCACCAUCUUCGUCUCGCGGCCCGGCUUCAAGAGAGAGACGAAGGCAAGGAGGGGAGAGGAAAGAUGGGGCGCGGAAAAAAGCAGAUAAACUGAAGAGAAGGAAUAGCGAUUCCUUCUCAACAGAAACCGGGGAACAGCAAAGACUCACUCCAGUUCCCGUUGCUUCCUUCUUCUCUCCGUCGGUAGAGCCGGCUUCGUUUUCGCCGUUUCCCCUUAAGGAGAGAGGCGGGGAAGAGCGAGGACGGCAAAGCCGCAGCCCCGCAUCCGCAGCCGCCCCAUUUCCUCGCGCACAGGUCGCAGCAGAGACCAAUCCUUUUUCUCCGCCGGGCGCUGGAGAUUUCUCUGUUCCUCUGAAGUCGGGGAAGACUCCAUCCUCCGCGGAAUGCUCCUGCUCGGAAGUCCCCUCGUCUUGGUCGAGCUGUUCCAGUCCUCCUCAGAGCUCGUCGACGCCUCUCCCCGUUUGCUCUUCGUCUGCCUCUUCCCCCUACUACUUGAAAGCGCCUGUGUACAUCCGCCCCAACACCCGUGUCUCCCUGUCACAGAGCCCCUCCCCCACCCCUACACCUUCCUCUUCGUCUUCCAUAUCGUCUCCAGGUUUUGCUGUCAAUAACUCUGUUGUCGUUAUCCCAAGAAGUGACUGCCCGCUUCUUUCUUCAUCACCGCCUCGACUACCACUCCGGCCGCGUGAGCACACUGCGCCAAAGCGUGGGAACACGAAUCCCCCUGCUCACAGCCUCUCGUACUGCGCUUCCUCUCUGCCUUCGUCGUCAUCUUCCUCGUCUAGCUCGUCUUCGCUUUCCCUCUAUUCACCACAGAAAGAACCGGGUAAUGGCGCCGCUGCUUCGGCUGCGCUCGUGUCUCCCUCCUCGAAUUCCGUGCCUUCCGCGUCUUUAGGUUCUGCGUCUCUGCAAUGCGACGAAGCAGGUCUAUGUGGGCUCCGAGGAAGGGGACUCACGGGUGUCUCAACUUCUUUGUCUUUUGAGCAACGAAAGUUGCAGAGCCGGCGAGAGCAGAAACGCUUGCGGUGCCGAUCGAAGGGCGACGAAACAGAACCAGAAACCAACGAGAAAGAGCGGGGGAAAUGGGAAGAUGAAGCAGUCGGCAGCGCCUUCCCAGGGAAAGGCAAACAGAGAGAAGAUCCCAACCGACCGGGACAAACUGAGGAACUAAAUCACUUUUACUUGGAAGCUGAAGUCGUUCACGACUUGGAAAGGCCCGACGAGACGCCCGGAGCGCGAGCUGGCCCUCGCGGCUUCUCUCCCUUGCAGGCCGGAGACCGUGGAGUGCUGAGAGAGUGGAAACGGAGCGAGGAAGAACAGGGUAAACGACAGAGGGGGAAGGACGGUAUGCGAUGGUUCAAAGAGAGAAGCGAGAGAAGGAAGGGGAGCACGUCUGAACUGUAUGGAUUCAUGUAUGUGAUCUACGUACACAAGUUGAAGAGGCGGAACCGAAGCAACCGGCUACAGCGAGAGGUCGGCACGACACGUGAGAGCAGGAGAGCCCAUAGCAAAGGGGUCGAGGACGCGUGUCACAUAUCUUCAUCUCUCCUAACCGAGAAAGGGCUCCUGUCAGCCGCCGUCACAAACUGUCUUCUCCCACCCAACCCCGCGCGCCUUCCUCGUGCAUCUUCUUCCUCCCUUUCUUCUCAAACAGCCAGAGACGGCGAUGCCUCGGCACUCCGCUUUUCGUGCUUCCUCGUGGUUCCCGGCAGGUUCUGCGCGGCUGAAGGUUUGGGUGGGACGGCGAAAGAAAAAACGCGAACGAGCAAAGAAGGCAGCCUCACCGUCGUCCCCUCAGAUAUCUCUCUUUCGCUUCAAAUCCUUGAUGAAGAGACGCAUCUGCCUCGGCUUCGAGGUCUCCUCUCCCUUUCUGGCACUGAAGCUUCGGAGAGUUUUCGGAAGCAUCGAGUUCUUCUGUCGCCGGCGCUCCCAGCCGGGUGUCUAGACACCGCGCAACGCGAAGACGCGGAGGCCACCGUCCUCGUCGCCAGUCAGAAACGUUGGAUCCAAUCCCAUUUGUCUGGCUUUCACCUGACGCAGCAGCCUCUCCACUUUGCGUUGCGCCGCGGUGACCUCCAGGCGCGCUAUCUCGUUCAGGUGAGAGAGGCCGUCCCUUCUAAAGCCCACCGCCCGACACAAAGAGAUGCUAGCAGCGGGUCCCAGUCGAAUGCGGAAGUCUCUCCAGCGGCGUUCUCCUCUUUCUCUCCUAUCCCAUCCGGCGGUUUCCCUUCUUCUGCCGGCGCUUCCUCCUCCUCUCUACGCUCCUCCGCUGCGCCUGCGUCUCCGUCCCUCCACUUCGUUUCCCUUUACGAGAAACAGAGGGUCGGCGCGCGGGGACGGAGCCGGAGCACACUCAACGACGGAGAGCGGCAGAAACCUUCUUCCUCUCCACGGCCUGCUGCGUCGUCCUGCCCAUCCAGCCAGCCAAAGCUUCCCGAAGGCUCUUCCCCUUUUCAGCCCUCUGGCGCCUCGCCCGCCUCGGGUUCUCCCCCACUCCUUUCCCCUUCUGUUUCUCCUGCGUCUGCUUCUCAAGGGCGCCGGGUAACGCGGCAGGAGCCGCGCGAGAGGACGGGGAAGCGCGGACCACCCCAGGAGGAAGCAGCCGGAAGAGCAGAAGACGGGAACGAAGAGGACGACGAGGAAGAAAAGAAAGCAGGCGAUCCAUGGAAGGACGGAAAAGAGGGAGAGACGGGAAGCACGAACGGAGGCCGCGACGGGAAAAGCCACGCGGCACUUUUUCUGGAAGUGCACGGAUCGCGUCAGUCUCUUCGUGACGAAAUCGCCAGUCGCCAAGCCCAAAUCGUGAGUCUGAAAGAGAAGCUCCAGCGCCUCAAACCGUAUGCCGCCGCUGGGGGCUGCGUGCUCGCCCGAAGGAGGCGGGCAAGCCAGGCAAGCGAUGCAGAACGGAGACAAACAAAGACCGACGAAGACGCAGCAGACCCCGCUGCGGCAAACGGGCAACGGGGCGAGGGCGAGAACUUUUUCUGGCGCGACGGUGAGGCGAGACCAAAUCAGCUCUCGCCCGGUCGCUGUUUGUCGCUUGGCUCGUCUCCUCUGACAGGCACGGGAGAACGGCUGAGAGAAGAAGGGGAGACCGGAAACACAGACGCUCAAGGGAAAGGGGCGAAAAGCGACGACGAAGAAAGAGAAGAACGAAAGACGCAUGGGGUCUCGUCUCCCGCGCAUGCCUCUUCUCUCUUUGUCUGUGAGGAACCCCUCGAGGGCGCAGCGACUUUAACGGUUUUUGACGCAGACAAAUCCGUUCCUAGAGCGGAGGAAGGCGCAACUCGUCUCGUGUUCCACAGAUCGCGAGGCAGCGCAGGUGCACUCGACGAGUGUCAGACGCCCUUCUCUUGCGUCGACGACCAAUCGCGGGAGGCAGGACGUUUCGAGACUGAAUCCCCCCAAGGGAGCAGCGAGAAGGCAACGACUGGAGUCCAAGGCGUUGCAUGCCACGCACGGCAAAAGAGCCAAGUGGCGGAGAAGAGCGCGGCAUUCCCAGACAGGUCUCGCCCUUGCGUCGCUUCUCUCUCUACCCUUCCUUCCUUCUCGCUGUCCCCGCGCAGUUCAGCAGAUGCACGUGGUUCGCCGUUUCCCAGUCAGGACGAGCCGAAGAAAGGCGCCGCGGAAGUUUUCUUUGCCUCCUCCUCUCUCUCUGCCACAGCAACAGCGAGUUGCAGCCUUGCGUUUGCCGCCAAACAGGAGCGCCCUCAAGCUCCCCGCCCUGUGUCUCCGCACGCGUCCGCGGGUCUCUCAGAGGCCCCGCAGCUGGUCGGGGCGACGAGAGUCGUGCGCGGCACUGCGCGAGACAGGCUUGCUGUGGAAGCCGAGCGGGUCCGAAUCGAGGGGCGAGAGGUGUGCAUGCAGCCGCUUUCAAAACGCGACGGCCCAUCAGACCCCGCCGACGCUGGCGAGCGCGAGAGCCGUCCAGGGGGGGAACACGAGACGAACGCGGCGCGAGACAGAGUGGGAGACGAGGGAGCAGAAGGAAGCGGAGACGCCGGAGACGGAGAGGACGGCAGAUGGAUGCUUAACGGGGAACGAAGCGAGAGAACGGGAAGUGGAAAGGAGCGUGACGACCGCGAAGAGAAACAAAAUGGAUGGCAGGGACAGGCAGAAGGAACCAGGCAGGAAGGCGCUUCAGGGACCACAGCUGCGAUCGCAGAGACACGCGCCUCUCCAUCGGCGGCGAGACCGACAAAUCCAGAGGAAGAUGCAGGACAUCACAAAGCUGCCUCGCCUGAGCAGCGGAGGUUCAGAGGGCGGGGGCUGGCUGAGUGCCAGGCGUUGUGUGUCGAGAAAAGCGCAGCUACAGACAGUCGGUCUCGGUCCCCACCGGACGUUUCCGAGCCCGCCCCUCUAAGUCCUUCCGCGGCGUCAAUCGAUCACCCUCAGAGCACGCCGGAGGGCCAGGCGCGGUCGCCUCGAACGCACCUGGGCGGGGCUCCGCGCACGUUUGGGGGGGAAGCCUCCGUGGCGGAGGAGAGAGCGGAGGAAAACAAAGACAACCACGACGACGGGCAAAAGGACACAGCAGCGGAAGAGGGAGAAGAACUUGAAGCCGCACACCGAAGCCGAGAAGGCGUCGGCGAGGGCGACGGCGGCGGAGACGGAACACGGGGAGCGGCCGAAGCCCGUGGAGGGGAAGAAGAGACCGAACGGAGUGACGAACGGGGAGAAGCAAACGGGCGGCGAGGAGCGAGACGUCCGGAGGACGAUGAGAGGCAGCCGGCAAGCGACAGGGCGCUCUCGCGCCUCGCAGGUCAGAGAAGAGGGCCCAAGCAAGAAAACAAAAAGAAUGAGGGAGACGGUGAACGCUGGAGAGACGCGGAGGCCGGCGAGAGGACGGCAGACCCCAUCACGCAGGACAAGAACGCACAAGUUGCGAGCGGCUUCGCGCCACAGAAUCCCCACCAGGGACGAGCAGCGAGGAGAGCCGAGGCACCAGCAAGUGACAGACUGGCCUGGCGCGACUGCGCCUUGCCGAAAAAACUCGACAUGUGUCUUUCCAGUCGCGCUUUCCUUCAAGCUCAGCGGAACAUGAAGACCCUCGCUUCCCUCAAGCGUCUUCCUCUCCUUCGCCAUCUUCUCUUCUGCCUCCACGGCACCGAUCCCGAUUCGCUGCUGCACGACGACCUCCGCACGAUUCUCGCGUUUCCCUCUUCUGCGCCCGCUCCCGGCGCCCCGCCCAGCCGCGGCGUCUCUUCUGUCUCUGCAUCUCAGGCUCCCGCGCGGGGUCUGGGCGCCUCAGGUGCCGCGCAAAAGGGCGAACAGACGCGUCUGGUCUUGUCGUCCUCUUGCCCGGAGAACGAGGUCGAGACGGGCUGUCGGCACUCUCCGUUCAUCUCGCCUUCCCAGACAGGGGCGGAAGCGUCGCCGCGAUUGCCCUCGCCUAUGCAUGCGUCUGGGCGCCUGGAAGAAACCGAAGAAACACCGGACGCGCGUUCCGGUUCUCCACCUGACUCGAACGUGGACGCGCGAGACGACGCCCUCCUGCUGUGUCUACGCGAGGCUUUGCAGUGUGCCGAGCGUUUGUGCCAGGCGCGGACCGGACCGUCCAAAACGCGCGAAGACGCUCUACUCCUUCUGAAGAGGCGAGACCAUCUCAAGAGACUCUCUUCUUCUGCCUCCCCUGAACGUCUAUCCGGGGCAGUCGCCGCUCCAGGCGCCGCUUCGUCUUCGCCUCCGUCCUGUUCCUCUCCGCUCGGUUCCGCUUCCUUCUGCCCGUCGUUUGCUUGUGGGGGUGCGUCCUCCGCUCUCCUCCCUUCGUCGUCCUCGGCGUCGCCUUUGUACUCUGACCCGCAUGCGGCGGAUCUCCCACGGAGUCGGCAAACACCUCAGGACGUUGGCACGACCUCGCCGAAUUCCUCCUCUUCAUGUGCGCCUUCUGCGCCUCGAACUUCUUUGUCUUCACCCCAAGCCAAUGCCCCUUCCGAGAGACAAGAGGGAGACACGGAAGGCACGCGCGACGCAGGCGCCGCCGACAUGGAGCAGCACAUGAUGCGGCGUGUAGCCCGUUUGAAACAGAAACUAAGUAAACUUGCGUUGGCUUUGAAUCAGGAAGCGGAUGCGGGCGAAACGAAACCUGAUGGUGGCGGCGCAGAUGCUUCCUCUCUCUCCUCUGUCAGUCCAGCGUGCGGUCCUCAGGAGUCCCCCCUGCCUGUCCCCUUGCCUGUGUACUGUUCCUCUCCUUCAGCGGCUUCUUGUUCUUCCGUUUCCUCCUUGUCUGCCUGUGCGUUUGGGCAACCUUGUGCAGCCUCCGUGGGUUCGUCUUCCUCUUCUCUCCCUCGUUUCUUCCCUCCUUGUCGUUAUCCUCUCUCCGCCUGGGCGCCUUCGCCUUCUCCCCGACGGGCGUCGCCGCCGCUUGGGACCUCCCCAGGCUUCCGUUCUUCCUCUCCUCUCCUGCCGCAGUCGGCAUUCUGGGCUCCGCCCUUCCCCUUGCUCGACACGGCGGUUUCCCUUCCAGUCUCUCUUGAAGCAGGAUGGCACCAAGGGGGAGAAGCUGCAAACAGUCGGCCUGGAGCUCGACCCGCGUUGCAAGAGAACGAAGAAAGAGAAGACCCGACCCCGCCCAGGGCGACAUAUCCAGCUGUGGGCGUAGGCCUGUGCGCGGGCAGCGAAGACUCGCGCGGGAGCUCUCGCCGUUGGCGUCAGCAAACAGAGACGCGUAGGACAUGCGGCGGAGGCCGAGACGACGCAGCCCUUCUUUGCGAGGAGUGCCGAGAACAGAUGGAUCGCUCGAGAGAAGACAGGAACGCAACUCGAGGGCAGUCGCCUGACUUUGAGGUAGCGCGCGAAGCCGCGAAACCCCGGCGGAGAGCGCCAAAGGAGCCCUCAGCACCGGUCCCUUGUCUCUCGCUUCUUGAGCGUCCACCCGAGCCUAAGCUGCCUAGGCGGGGUUCAUUCGGAGGCCGUGGCGCCUCCGAUGGAAACGGACAAGUCCCAGAAUGUGAGCGGGAGACGCGUUCGCUUCCUUUGUGCCUCACGGUCGCGGGGACCGACGACGGCAGGGGAGCGACGCCAAGGACAGAAGAAGAAUGCAUGCGCUCAUUCGCAGAGUGCGGCGGACAACAAGGUGAACGCGCGCUGGAAGCGAGGCCCGCUCGAGAGCGAAGCAUCCCGGCGGGAGAAGGGGAAGAAGGGCGAGGGGAAGCUGAGAUGCGCGCGGAGUCAGGCAAGCGCCGAGAAGACGCAGAGUCCAAAGCUGUAGGCGGAGACGGGCCAGACGGCGGUUCUGGGAACCCUGCGGAAGACACCCGUCCAAGCAACGCUGCGAAAACUCGAGGCUGGCGUCAAGAAGCCGUCGAAGAACGACACCUGGAGACAGAAGAAUACAGGGCGAUCUGGGCGUUGUCUCCUGGCGAGGGGAAAGGACUUGGGGGCGCCCAACUGGAGGCGAGGCCGAGAGAGACCGGUCGCCUUCCGUGUUCUGCAACGGCCUUGCAAGAGCGCCGCGAACGCCUCGAGGAACAGGAGAAGAAACUGCUGUCUCUCCAGGCGAAAAUCGAAGCUUGGCGGCUUGGCGGCUCCGGCGACGACGACAGCUACCUCCGCAGUGUUCUGCUUGACCAGCUAGAGCUUCUACGGCAACAGCGUGGUGCAGGCGAAACCGGUGACGGUGAAGAAGUCGCCGAGGCCGAGCGGCGAAACAGUGGGCGAGAGCCAGGGCAAGAGGACGCGCGAGAGGAGGAACCGGGGAAGGGCGCAGGGCGAGAAGGUUCUCAGAACAUCGAUGGGCCGAUACGGAUGGAGGGGCGAAACCGCAGAGAAGCGUCAGGGGAGAGAGACGGGAACAGAAGAAAGGAGAACCCAAGAGAAGGAGACGCGCAUGGUGGACGGGAAGGCGCCGACGUUGACGAGGCGAGGCACCGCGGCGACGGAGAGGAGACGCACGUCGAGGCAGAAGCGAAAACGGGGCUGAAAACCGAAAGUAUCCGCGCAACUGGGAACGAAGAGAUGUGUGUCGAAACCGACUUCUGGAAAGACUCGACAACAGGGCCCCUUUCGCUUGCGUCUCAUGCUCUUAACUCCGCCCCGUUCCCUUGUGCGUCUCGUCUGCCGCCGUCGUCCGGGGAUUCUGCGUCUUCUUUCUUGCCUUUUGAUCCCCUUGAUUUGGUGGUUUCGGCCGACGCGCCCACUGCGAGUCUUUUCUCCCUUGCGUCUGGUCGAAGAGGAAAAGACGGCGAGGAGCGGUCUCUCCUUAGGCCCGAAGAGACGCGAGACUGGGAAGGCGUUCGCGGUUCACUCAGAGCGACGCACCGCCACACGCGUGUUUCCCGCGGAGGGCCUCAAGGCAGUGAAGAGUUCCCGCCGUCUUGCCUUGCAGCGUCCCUAGCCGAAAAAGGCGAGGCAUUCGACACCACGCCUCAAUCUGUCUCGCCUCUCCCUCUUUUGCGGUCUCUGCAGAUGCCUGUUUUCCUGGGAAAAAAAGAACAGCAAACGCAAGAGCUUGAAUAA